AUGGAGCAGCUGUCAGAUGAAGAGCUGGAUCAUGCAGCGGAGGAGGACAGUGAUAAGGAGGAUCAGGACCUGGAUAAAAUGUUUGGAGCCUGGCUCGGCGAGCUCGACAAACUCACACAGAGUUUGGAUGAUGGGAGGCCUGAGAGGGUGCAGAAAGCUCCACUCAGACAAGAGACAAACUUGGCCAACUUCUCCUACCGCUUCUCUGUGUAUAACAUAAACGAGGCUCUUAACCAGGGGGACGGUGUGGAUCUAGAUGCUUUAAUGGCAGACCUGUGCUCUAUUGAACAAGAACUGAGCACCAUCGGCAAGUCCAGCAGCGGUUCCUCCCGCCUUGCCGUCCCCGGCGAUACCAAAGUCCGACAGAAGCCCCCGGCUGGGCGCAGCAGCAGCACCAAACACACGAGCAGCGGAGGAAGCGGGAGCAGCUGCGGAAGCGCCUCCAGCAGCACCCGAGUUUCCCCCGCGUCCACCGUCAGGGUGGGCCACGCCCAGAGCCGCCCACCUCUCGCCUCCAACUUCUCCCUGGACGACAUCACCGCCCAGCUGGACAGGGCUUCGCAGAGCAUGGACGAGGCCGCCAGGCAAAGCUCCACCUCCUUAGCUUCCACCAGCUCCGCCCCCUACUCCACCUCCACGACGCGGAGGCCGGCCGGCAAGCAGCACAGACGCACGGGCUCGGUAGGCACGGUCAGCGAGCACGAGGUCCGAGCCAUCACCUUCUCGUCGCGGUCCAGCAUCAACUCCGCGUCCGCCUCCAGCAUGGACUCACUGGACAAAUCGCCUGAACCAGACGGGCUGCAGCUCCACCACGGGCAGGAUUUGCCCAACUCGGAGCACUCAUAUCUGGACAGGCAGACCUCUCUGAUUCUGAAAAACAGUGCAGGAAAACCUUCUCACUUGCUGACCAAGGAGGAACAGGCUGCCAAACUGAAAGCGGAGAAGAUUCGGGUGGCCCUUGAGAAGAUCAAGGAGGCUCAGGUUAAAAAGCUGGUGAUCAGAGUGCACCUAUCAGACGAGAGCUCCAAGACCAUGAUGGUGGACGAGCGUCAGACGGUGAGACAGGUGCUGGACAGCCUGCUGGAUAAGUCUCACUGCGGAUACAGCCCAGACUGGGCCCUGGUGGAAAUCAUCACAGAGCUUCAGAUGGAGCGGAUCUUCGAGGACCACGAGAACCUGGUGGAGAAUCUGCUCAACUGGACCCGAGACAGCACCAACAGGCUCAUGUUCAUUGAACGCAUCGAGAAAUACGCGCUCUUCAAAAACCCUCAGAACUAUCUGCUAGGGCGGAAGGAGACGUGUGAGAUGGCAGACAGAAACAAAGAAGCUCUACUGGAGGAGUGUUUCUGUGGCAGCUCCAUCAGUGUGCCUGAAAUGGAGGGAGUACUAUGGCUGAAGGAAGAUGGAAAGAAGUCAUGGAAAAAGCGCUACUUCCUCUUACGAGCCUCUGGAAUCUACUAUGUGCCAAAGGGCAAAGCCAAGGCCUCCAGAGACCUGGUGUGUUUCCUCCAGCUGGACCACGUGAAUGUGUACUAUGGGAAGGACUACCGUAGCAAGUACAAGGCCCCAACUGACUAUAGCAUGGCUCUUAAGCACCCCCAGAUUCAGAAGAAAUCUCAGUACAUCAAGUAUCUGUGCUGUGAGGAUAUCAGGACCCUGCAUCAGUGGAUCAACGGAAUUCGCAUUGCCAAGUACGGGAAGCAGCUGUAUAUAAACUACCAGGAGGCCAUGAAGCGCACAGAAGCUGCCCAAGACUGGUCCUCUCUGUCCAGCUCCAGUAUGAAGUCUGGCUCCAGCUCCUCCAGUCUCCCAGAGUCACAGUCCAACCACUCCAGCCAAUCAGACAGCGGCGUCUCAGAGACCACUUCCUCCGGCCACGUUCGUUCUCAGAGUGCCGUCAGCUCCAUUUUCUCUGAGGCCUGGAAGAGAGGAACACAAAUAGAAGAGACCACCAAGGUCAGAACGGAUUCGGCCCCGCCUCCACAACCUACUCGGGCAUCCUACCCCCUCCAACUGCCACACAUGCCCCUUCCCACAGGUCACAGCAGUUACACCGCUGUUUCCCCACAGUCCUCCUCUUCUUCUCCUCCAUCACCACCUCCUCCUCCUCCGCCACCUCCCCCUCUCCCUAACCCCACCUACCCGUCUAAUCCCACGCUGUUCAAAUACAGCACCAUUGCCCGUCUGCAGAAUAUCACCCAGCCCCCCAACCACUACAAACAGCCCCCCCUGGUGGCACAACAACAACAGCAGCAGCAGCAACAGAUGCCUCCAGCACCCCCUCCGCAGUGCGCUAAGCCGCUCCUCAGCAACAUGAUGUCAGCUGACACUGCGCCUCCUCCGCCUCCACCCCCUCCUCCUCCUCCGAUACCCACGCCGGGGUCUGCCAUGGCGGUGCUAAAAAUGGGACCCCCCAGCCCUGGUCUACCUCAGUAUAUCCCACCUCCACCCACACAAGAAGACGAGCUACCACCCCCACCUCACCCACAAAGCAACGGUGUCAUGCUCCCACUGCCUCCCCCUGAGCAGCCCAAAUACCCGCCUCUUAGCACCAACGGCCUACAGCAGUUCUUAGCCCAGAAGUUUCCCAACAUGACCUACGACUUCUCGCCCGAUGGUCAAGAAGAAGCACUCCCUCCCCCACCACCUCCACAGCCUCCACAAUGUUUCUCACCCCCACCUCCUCAGCAGGCACCGGGACCUCCCCCCGCACCACCCAAAACCUUCUCUGGUGGCUUCCCUCCCCAGACUGCGCCUAAACCCUCUGGUCCUGGGCUCUCCAUGUCUCCCGUCUCCCCUUUAGCCCCUCCGCUGUCCCCAACCCCACCUCACUCUUCUGGUACAAUGAAAAAGCAACAGAGUCUCUCCUCUGCUCACAGUCCCAACCAGCCACCUCCAACUCUGCCCAAACAGCACAGCGUAUCCUCCAAAGCUGCAACCUUGUCUGGGUCCUCCACUCCGUCUUUGGUUAAACAAAUAGUCAGCCAGUUUCCAGUUACUUUGGAUGGUUCCAAAAGCCCCUUGUCCCCUCCUGUGGUUAAAACCAAACCCAGAUGGCAGCCUGGCGGAUCAGCUCAACCUCAGUCUCCUGAAUUCCCGCCUCCUCCACCAGAGAGCAGCCUGGAUUUUCCACCACCCCCUCCUCCGCCACCUGCUCCAAGUCCUCCACCUGCCCCCCUGCAGCCGGCCAAAACAGGCUCGCCGAUCAAGAAGUCGCCCUCCACGUCCUCUACAUCCUCCGUGGGCUCUGCGGGAAAACGACCGCCCCCGACGCCUCAGCGCAACUCCAGCGUGAAGACCAGCUCAUCCGUGGAAUAUCAAGAAUCCAAGAAAGUGGAGGACCUGGUGAGCAUGUUCGCUCAGCCCGGCCAGACGUCCAGCAACUCCUUCUCUUCUCCCUCCUCCACGACGGGUUCGCCGUCCAAGGACUCGUUGUCUGGGCCUCGCGCUCACUCGAAGCCUGGCAAGAUCAACAUAGCCAACCUGCCCCUGGCUCUUCAGGGCAAACAGGGCCAGUACAGGCAGUCCAGCACGGACUUCCCCUCUCCGCCUCCUGAGACCGAUUUCUUCCCUCCCCCUCCGCCCGACUCUGAGCUACUGCCUCCACCGCCGUUGCCGUCGGAGCUACACCCCACCACUCCGAAAGUGGCCGUGGUCAACCCUCAGCCCCAGUUAUCCUCCUCCACGUCGUCGUGGAAACAGAGUUCGCUGAAGAAGACGCCUCCUCCUACUAUGCAGCGCCGGAGCAGCGGCCCCACCGAGCCUCUGGCUCUCUCCCCUCCCCCCCAGCAGAUUCCCCUGGCCCCAUUCGGCUCUCAGAUCCCUCCCACCUCACCCAAAGGCUCGCUCGCCAUCCAGCCCAACUUCCUGGAGGACCUUAACAGAACUCUCAAGAGGAAGUCCAUGACCAGGCACGGCUCGCUCACUUCGUCCCGUAUCUCGGCUAAGCUGGAGCCCGUGGCCACCAUGGACGACAUGGCAUUGCCGCCCCCACCCCCCGAAUUGCUAAUGAGCCAGCAGAAACGGACUGGCUACACCAACACCAACAUCUCAGGCUAUGCAACGUUACGGCGGGGGCCUCCGCCAGCUCCACCCAAACGGGACGAAAAUACCAAACUGACUAGAGAGUGGUAG